UUGAGGUGAUGUGUAAGGGUAAGGAAGAGACAAUCAGUAUAGUUCAGUACUAACCGGCGUCCCUUCGGUUUUAAAUGGGGGGGAAGAACAUACAUUGAGCAACAUACGUACCAGCUGAAUAGCUGAUGGCGGUGCAACCACUAAAACACCGUACCCAUCUCUCUCUCUCUUUCUCUCUAUAAAUUUGACACAAUAAAAAGAGGGGUCAUCGUUGGGUGCUCCUCAUUUCUCUAGUGAUCUUCUUUUUCUUUUCUUUUGUUUUCUGUCUCUAGCGAACUACUAGUUCUUGGAUCCGAUCGACCGACCCUACCACCCUUGAUUUCAUGGAGUGCAUGGCGAGUACUGAAGAGUCUCUCCCAGCUUCUUCCUCCAUGGAUAGUUGCAGCGGCGAACUGCCGACGACGACGACGACGGCGCCGGCGCAAUCCACGGCGUCUUCCGGCUGCCGACCGCCGGCGACGGCGGCGAAGCGGCGGAGUCUGAUCAGCACAGAUCUUCGCCUCGGGCUCACCCUCUCCUCCGUCGUCCACAUCGACGGCAACAACCCUUCUACCCCAAGGAGUUCCCUCACGACGGCGACAGUGACAGCUGAUCGAGGCGGCGGCGGCGGCGGCCAUGGACGGCGACGGUCACUGUUCGUGAAGGUGUACAUGGAGGGCGUCCCCAUCGGCAGGAAGCUGGACCUGCUGCCGCUGGACGGCUACAAAGGUCUCGUCGCACGGCUCGCCUCCAUGUUCAGAGCAUCCAUCACCUAUCAUCAUUGCCAUCGACAGUUCGCCGUCGUCGGGAUGAAGACGAACAAGGUUCAUCAUGUUCUGACAUACGAAGACCAGGAGGGAGACUGGAUGAUGGCUGGAGACGUGCCAUGGGAGCUGUUCCUGACAAGCGUGAAGAGAUUGAGGAUUGCAAGAGCGGAUGACAAGUACUGCUAUAGCUGUUGAAUAAUUGGUUAACCAGGAUGGUCAAUUAAUUCUUCCAGAGUUCUUGGAUUUCAUUCAUUCUUACUUUGCUCAUUUUGGUGGAGCAAUUUAGAUUUGAGAUGAUUGUUUUCGGGAGCGAAAAUUUACUAGUAAAAGCAUAGUGAUAUUGAGCAGAGGAUAUUGUACAAAAUAUAUUGUACACACUAGUAAAAGAAAAGAAACAUAUAUAUAGAAAUACCAUUUUACUUCUCAGUCUA